AUGGACCAUAGCCAUAAAAUCAGCACUGCUGGGCAAACUGACAGUGCCAUAGGAGGAGGGUUAGAGGAGGACCUGGUCAUGGAGUGCAGUCUUUCCACAGCAGACCAGGACUGUGGAACCAGUCGGAUCACAAGUCACACAAAUCUCUAUGCAGCGCUCAUUCGAACUGUGGUUGUGCUACUCUUUCUGACACUUGCCCUGGUCAUACUUCUUAAAGAUAAAUGUCACAAAGUGCUAGGAAUCUACAUUAACAGAACCACUCAGACUGCAGAAGCGGAGGAAGUGAAGAGUGAGGUUGUUCUGAGUCAUGUCACGAGUGCAGCAGGGUUAAUCCAUGUGUCUGGAUAUGAAGGGAGAGAAGCUAAAGUUUCUUGCCGCUAUGGAAAAGGUUAUGAGUCUUAUGAAAAGUACCUGUGCAGGAAUGACUGUGGUGACGAUGAUGUUCUGAUUACGACCACAAUAGGAAAGAGAAGCAGAUACUCCAUCUCUGAUGACAAAAAUUCAAGAGUCUUCACAACGAUCAUUUCUGAUCUCAGUUCUACGGAUGCAGGGAAAUAUUGGUGUGGGGUGACCAGGACUGGAAAGGAUAUCUACACUGAAGUAAAGCUGGAUGUAAAACCAGACCACUGCUGUGAACAUUUCACCAAAGUCCAAGGUUAUGAGGACAGUUCAGUGUCCAUCAGUUGUCCAUACGAGUCUGAGGACAGGAACAACCUGAAGUACAUCUGCAGAGGAAACAAGCCCUCCACAUGUCUGCAGGAGGCAGUAGUCACUUCUAACCUCAAACAAAAUGGACAGUUCAGCAUUAACGAGGACAAAACUUCGAGGAAUUUUACAGUGACCAUUAGAAGUUUGACCCAAAAGGAUUCUGGGAUGUACCUUUGUGGUAUCCAAAGAAACACCGGCCUGGAUGUCUUCUCUGGUUUUAAGCUGGAAGUCAAAGGUGAGAGGUCAUGGCUCUAAUUCAUCACAUUGCAGUGAAACAUUA